AUGAAGGAUUUCGGCUAUCAGAGGCUUACACCAGACAACCGCAAUGACAUCACGGGGUCCGCCAGACUCUGCCAGACCAUACCAGGCCUGGCCUGGAAUCCUGGUGCAUUUGGUGCUAAGGAUGAACAUGUGUGGCAAGACUGGAAACUCUACCGCUUUCCCAACUGCAGCGAAGAAGUGGCCCACAAGCAUCCAGCGCAUGGCGUUGGUCAGAGACUGCUCAGGGUUUCAGGUGUUUGCAGUUUGUUACCUUCGUCCUUCAGGACCUCCUUGAUGGAUCCUUAUGCUUCUUUGCUAGGGUUCACGUACUGUUUCCGCAGCAGUUGCAAUGGCAUGGUGAUGCAGCGGCCAAGUUUCACUGCUCACCCAGAUUCUGACAUGCCACAGGUUGGGACUGCUACCAUUCUGCCCAGACUAGAUCAGAGUGACCCAGAGGAAAAGUCCGAAGUGUCACUCUCUAUUCAGGCUGGGCCCCUGGGCCAAGAUGACAUGACCGGCGACGUGUUCCUUUGCAGCUUAGGGGCGACAAAGUGUGUGGCCCAUAUGCGACCGCCUGCAGCGACAUGGAUGUUAGUUGAUCUUCUGGCACAUGCUGCUUGGUGGGCAAGCCGUUUGUCACGCUCAUGUGGUGUUGGUCUUGAACAGUUUGAUUCAGUGACCACAGGCGUCUCGUUCAAAGUGCAUGGAUAA